GCGCCUCACGGGCUGGCGGGAGCCGCGGCCCGGCCAUGGCCGAGGCGUAUUUCCCGGUGGGGCCCGGGCUGGGCAUGGAGGAGAAUUUCCUCUCGCUGGACGAUAUCCUGAUGUCGCAGGAGAAGCUGCCGGGGCGCGCCGAGAGUGCGCUGCCGCGCCUGGCCGUGCUGAUGGGGCAGGGCGCGGGCAGCGCCGAGUCCAUCCCGGAGGGAUCAAAGCUGGAGAUCCCCCUGUGGCUUGCUAAGGGGCUACAUGACAGCAAGAGGAGAAUCAUCUCUGUGGAACUGCCAAAGAUUUUCAGGGAAGCCUGGAGGACAGUGUUCAGUGCUGAUGCCAAUGUGGUUGAUCUGCAUAAAAUGGGGCCCUACUACUAUGGAUUUGGCUCACAGCUCCUGAAUUUUGAGAAUCCAGAGAAUCCUGAGAUAGCUCAGACUAUCCUGCAGACGUUCAUUGCCCGUUUCCGCCGCAUCAUGGACUCCUCGCAGAACGCCUACAACGAGGACACGUCUGCGCUGGUGGCUCGCCUGGAUGAGCUGGAAAGAGCUCUCUUUCAAGUGGGCCAGAAAGGGCUGAAUGACUUCCAGUGCUGGGAAAAGGGACAGGCUUCUCAAAUCACAGCUUCCAGUCUGGUGCAGAACUAUGGGAAAAGAAAGCUUGCAGAAGUGGAUGGUUAAAAACCUGAAGAACGUGAAGUUAUAGUGGGGGACACAGAUUUCAGCCUGUUGUAGAAGAAAAAUGAAUCAAUUUAGGGAAGGACAGGCUCCCUGUCCAUUAAUGGGAAUUCUUCUCUGUAACAGCUUUGGAUAAGACUAGUGAAAAUUUUAAAGGCAGAGGACAAGGGUAUAAAAACUAGAUCACACCACUGAACAGCCUUACACCUCUCUCAUAGCACUCCUGAGGAGCUGCAACUGAAGUGUUUGCUAGGUGGCUGAGAGACUGAGAGGAUUUUCUGAAAGGGUAAUAAAUACUAAUUAUGGCUCUGAAUUGAUAUUUACAGUACCAGAUCUGGAAGGAAGUGUAAUUUAUGUAUUUCAUCUUGUUCUUCCCAUCCGAGCCCCUGAAAACAGCUGUUGAUUCUAUGAACAGCUGUUUCCAGGUUCCCUGUUCUUUAGAGAGACCCAAUGAUGUGGAAAAAAUGUGAUACAGCAAUAAUUUUUUUUCAUUUCUUACACACUGAGGUGGAACAGGUGCUCUCUGUGAGGCAGGAAUGUUUUUCUUCCCUGACUCCUGUACACAGUGCCAGUGCCCUGGAGAGAAAUACUUCCUCAAACCCACACAGCAAGUGGCUGCACACAUCUGGUGCUGCCUUGUCCUCUCUCUCCCUUUUUGGCCCUUGUGACCUUGGUGCUGGGCAGUAAAGAGCGUUCUUGUUUGAUGCCUGUGGCUUUUGUGCUGGAUGUGUCUCUCUGAUGGGUGUUCUACAGAGGAGGAAACAGAAGGCAGCAAAGAAUAAAGUCUGGAUCAGAUCAAAAGCAGAAACUUUAAUGGAAACUCUGCCCCAUUAUCAGCCUUUGAGAUAUUUGUUUCUCCAUGAGAAAUUCUACUGAUUUCUAAAUUUGGUGAGUAGAAGGGACAGAACAAAUGAACUGAGUUUCCUUCCUUCUGAUCCAUCCAAAUGAAUCUAGGAAUAUGAUUCUGGUAAAUGUCAUCCUUGCCAGUAGCAGUGACAGGAUUUGGGACUUGCUAAACAGCACAGUGGUUAUCACCCCAUAUGGAUGCCCUUAAACCUGGAUCAUCUCAAGUCCCCUUGGACUGGAGACAGAAGACAUGGUUAUCUCUGUAGUUCUGCAGUCAUCAGGAUGGUUGUCCUUUGGGAGCAGUAUUAGACAUGCAGGUGCUUCUGAAGGAGAGCCUUGAGGAGAACCUAAGCAGAGGAGCUGCAUCCUGAUGCUGCCGAGCACUUCCACUUCUGUGGGAAUCUCUGGGAGGUGACAGCAAGAUCCAAGUCUCAAAGGAGCUGUUACUGGACUUGCAGAUGCACCUGGACAUUGGAUGCUUCAAACAAGACCUGGAGCACAAAGGGCCAUUCCAUGGCCAGAGGUGUUCAGGCUCAGUCUGUGGAGGUGCUGAGAGGGGACAGUGUUAUGUCUUGGUGCCUCCCCCUCAGCUGCACAGGGCCAGCUGUCCUGCCACAGGAGACUAGCUGGAAGCUUGCCUGACAAUGUAUUUUAAGUAUGUGCAAGAUGAAGUGCUGCUGCACUUAAUGACUUAAUGGCACAUAAUGGCUUAUGCAUUUCUCAAUUGUCCAUUUCUGGAUUUUUAUCCUGAAUAAAUGUUCUGUAAGGGAA